AAGACAAAGAAGAAGAAGGCGAAGAAGAAGACGAAGACGAAGAAGAAGACGAUGAGGACGAAGACGACGAGGACGAAGACGAAAACGACGAAGACAAAGAAGAAGACGAGACGAAGAAGAAUGAAGAAGACGAAGAAGAAGAACACGACGAAGAAGAAGACGAAGAAGAAGACGAAGACGAAGACGAAGACGAAGAAGAAGAAGAACACGAAUAA